AUGGACAGCGACGAAGGCGUCGACGUUAUACCAGUGCCGUGGGGCCGGCUCAAAGCCUGGAUCGAGGCCCAAGAAAAAGCAGAGCAGAGUGGUUACAAUCCUAACCCGCCGACAAAGGUGCAGGUCGCGGCGCUUUCUCACCUUGUCGACUUCAUGGACGAGCCUGAGCCGACUCCCAAGUCCAUCGGUAAACUCGACUACGUGAGCGAGCUGAUGCAGCUCGCCCAGAGCAAAUCAGUUGCUCCUCCAAUGUUCCGAGACCUGGCACCCAUAGAGGUUCCCGUUGGCGGCGUGCUCUUGCAGCGGUGGAGAACAGUCUGCACCCUCCCCUUCGCUAACAACAAGGAAUUUCCGUGCCCGGGCUACGGACUUCGCGAAGGCAAACAACCUCCGUUGAGUAAAUCGAAGAAGCUAUCCAAGCAGUACGCAGCCAAAUACGCAUUCUUGUAUGCAAAAAACCAUUUCGGAGCUUCUACUUCAAGCAAUGGCGGCGCUCCCGUGGCAACAAAUACCUCUCCCCCGGCAAGAAACCCAACACCAGAUAGCAACCACAACAACAACAACAACAACAACAACAAUGUCAGUGUAGGUCAUACUUCUCCUGCAAAGGUUCAGGCACCCUCGGGCGGCGCCCCUCUAUCACCGUCCUCGACGUUGCCAUCGCCGUCAUCAAGUACCGGCGACCUCACAAAUGGCGGCUCAUCGGCUGCCGAGGAUACAGACUUCUACGACAGCAAAACACUCCCCUCCCUUCUGGACCAAGUUAAAAAAGAAACAAAAAUUUUGAAACUCGGCUAUCCCAUCUUUGAUAUUUUCCCUGACCCCGAGACCCCGGGAAUGUACGCUGGGAAACCCAUCUUUAAGAACAACAGUCGCAUCCCCGAGGGCUUGGGCUAUAUUAAAGGUGCUCUCACAAAGGCCUUGGCCAAGGAGCUUGUUGCUGAAGAGAUACUCCAAUAUUGUAAAGCGCAGCGGAAACGACUGGAGGGCCUUAUGAAUACUUUUAAUCCUCUUGAAAAAGAGUAG